AUGGAUGAGACAGACAGUAGGAAUAAUUCAUUAUUUCAAAACUCUGAAUUCGUCAUUUAUGAAAUAAUCCAUGAUCUGGAUGCAAGUGAAUCAAUUAUUCGACAGUGUUUUCGAGCCACAUCUAUUCCUUACGACGCCACCACCACAUCUACUACUACUACUACCACUGUUGGUGACAGUCAUAAUGGUAGUAAGAGUAAGCAUUCCUUGUCAAAUACUUAUCCAACAAAUGUAUUCGUUCUUCGAGAAAACCGCCGCAUAAACUUACAAGCUAUACUGGAGUCAACUCAUCCUACUGAGGGUCUUGGUAGUAGGAUAACAUCAUACACAUACUGCCCAUUCAUCAGUACGCAGGCUAGAGACUCAUCUUGGAGAUUACCAACGUUGAUAAUUGAUCAAACCCCCUUGAUGUUCUGUGUACCAGUGAGUUCAGGUGGGGGUGAUAAGAUAUCAGAUCGUUGUCGUUGGUGGUCAAUAAUAUGUUUACGUAUAAAGAUGAUUUUUAAGGAGAGUUGUGGGACAGACGAUCAUGCCUAUAGGGUUUCAUUGCAUCCACAGGUACAUACCUCUGUGGCCUCGUCCUCUGCGUCACCUUCAACGUCGCCUAAGCUGCCUAUCAUCAUGGAUUCAUGGUUGUCACCUGAAAUUUUCGUCAGGAGGAAGAAGAAGACGAAGAGAGGAAGCGACGUGUCAAUCGAAGAAACGCUAUCCCUGAAUGUAUUUGCCUACACAUCAAGGGAUAUCUUUCUAUCAAGUAUUCAAGACAAUGUUACCCAUAUGGAGGAGGAUACCAUCGAUGGAGAUAAAACUCUCAGGAUACACUUGUUUCUACGCAUAGCCGACAGUUUGAAAAAGACGUCUAUUCUCCUACAUUUAUUUAAUCAGCUCACUGUAUCUUUAAAGGAUUUUACAUUGGAUGCUUACAGUCUAAACAAUUAUUAUUUGACACUGUUGGAGACAUCAAUGACAAACACAUCGUUUCCAAUGUUAUCUAGUGCAAUAUAUCCAUUCUGUAAAAUGUGGACUAUUACAAAUCUCAUCGGUACUGAUGCAAAGAAAAGUGAUCGCAAUCCUUUGGCAUUAAUGAUCACUGAUCCACACUUGUCGAUUAGUCAUAUUUUAGAGGCGAAAUUGAAUCAAUUCUGUACAUGGAAUGUGUACAGAUUAAAGCAACAGAUUGUAUAUUUUAUUACAAAUGAUCCCUUCACUGGAUUGUGUUUAUGUGUGAAUAAUAACAGUGCAGCGGCUUCAGUGACAACAUUCAUUGCAAUAUGCUCAAGUUCACAGGAAUUACUCAAUCUUUUCAGUGAAAUUGUAUUCUUUCCGAAUUCAGUCAGUGACUUCCAAUUUGUGGCUUAUGAGAAACACUCCUCCUCCUCCUCCAAGAGCGACGAUGUCAACAACAACAACAACAACACUAACAACUCUAAUGCUAAACCAAUUCUUGAUGCUGUGAAUACUUUAAUCAACGAAACUGAAUGUCUUCUUAAUUGCAUCGCUGAGUUGGUUGAAUCUACACUGCAUAAAUCUAUUCCUCAAUUGUCGAAUUAUCUAUCGUGUGGUUAUAACAACACCUUGAAUAUGGUACACAAAUCAGCUGAAUGGCGAUCUGUUGUGCGCAAAGCUAGUCGUCUACCUGUGAAUAUUCCUGGUGAGAAUGACAGUGAUAACGAUAAUGUAUCUGUGAUGAAUAACAGUAUUCGUUACUCUGAACUGCACUGUCAAACAGAUGAUAGUAUUCAACGACUUUGUCUCAGUUGA